AGGACGUUUUGCAGAUUCCGACUACGCGAGUUAUCUCGCUUGAGCAGCGUCAGCACUUUUGCGUUUCUCCCCACUCACAAGCUGGUUUCUUGGUGUGGUAAAUGGGAGGAGUCUCUCACAUCUGCCACAGAUUUGUUGGUGCUUCGCUGCAACUGAAAAAUUUCAGAAGUACAGCAGUGAUCACUGCUAUAGUGACUAUAUGCCACAAUGAACCUGGAAAGCUACAAACACGUCGACGGCGUCUCUUUGCACGGAUGGUACCACGAAGACAUGAUACGCUCGGCACUUUCUUACAAGCCCCGCUCGGACGACAUUUUUAUAGUGACGUAUCCGAAGUCUGGGACAACUUGGAUGCAAUACGUCAUCCUCAGCAUUCUUGGAGAGAGCAACGUGCCCAAAACCUUCGCAGAGUACAUGCUGACCUCUCCGCACUUGGAACUCUUCGGUGAAGAGGGUGUCGAGAAGAUGCCCAGACCUGGUCUAAUCAAGACUCACCUGCCUUUUCACAAGGCACCGUACUCGCCGGAAGCCAAGUACGUUUGCGUCGCCAGGAACGUGUACGACGUUUGCGUAUCCUAUUACUACCACACGCGAGGCCUUACUCCUAUCAGCGUGAAGGAUGUCUCGUUUGCCACGUUCCACAACAUGUUCACGACCGGCAAACUGUCCUACGGUGACUACUUUGACCACGUGCUCUCCUGGUACGAACGUCGCGACAACCCCAACGUACUGUUUUUCACGUACGAAGAUGUGAAAAAAGAUCACCAAUUGUGGGUCUUGAACAUAGCGAAAUUUCUCGGAGAAAAUUAUGCGCAAGCGCUCAGAAAAGACCCCGAUCUACUCCGCAAAGUUGUAAACGCUUCGAGCUUAAGCAACAAGAAGCAGAUCUUCGCUAGAAAAAUCAGCGCCUCGGUAAUGAAUUUGCUCAAUCUGCCGUCUGGCAAAGCUUUGAAGGCACUGCAGGUGUACCGUGACAUCUGGCCCCAUAUGGGAGAGUUGCAUCCGAACGAAGACUUUGUCCGGAAAGGUGUCAUCGGUGACUGGAAGGAACACUUCACUCCAGAGUUGAUCGAAAAAACAAAGGCUUGGAUCGAGAGGAAGACCACAGGAUCUGAUGUGAUGCAGCUUUGGAAGGACAUUGAACUGCCAUAGUUUUACAAGCAAUGUCAAGGGAUACGCUCUUUUUUGUUCAAUAAAAAAGGACAACAUUCAUGCACAUGCAUUAGCGCGAAUAAAGCCUGAAGGGUCAGCGAACAUUAUCGGUUUAUUCUCGACUGUUCAACGUCUUCCACUCCCUCCGAAAGCUUUUGUGUCCUAAAACGUAUUGACUCCAGGGUCGUGUCACUUUUUAUCAUGCGACAGUGUGCAGAAAGACUUAAUAAUGUGCCUUCACAUUGACAUCACGAUGAUUCACAUAUUUUUCGCACCUGUGACGACACCAUGCUGAGAAUUUUUUCAUUGCUCGUGCUGAUUUCGAAGCUCACUUUUCAUGUUUGAUUGCAAAUCCUGGUAUCCCGCCGUUGUAUAGCACGUAGCAUUAUUUCAGAUAAAGCUUUAAACAAAAAGAAAA